AUGGUAGAUCCUUUGGAUGGCUCUACAACUGUUGAUUGUGCACCUGCACCAGUUUCAGGUGAAAAGGAACAUAAACUUAGAUCUGAUGUUUGGGAAUAUUUUGAUCUCAUUAAAUAUAAAGAUGGAUCAAAGAAGGGAGUGUGCAAGGCUUGUAAAGUGGGAUAUAAAUAUGAUAGCCAGAAAGGUGGAACCUCAUCUAUUAAAAGGCAUAAGUGCCGUGAGCGUCAUUCUCAGGACAUAGGACAAAUGAUUUUAUCUGCAAAGAAUGGCCAGUUGUCUUCCCGCGUACGCAAAAUUGAUCAGAUGAAGUUUCGGGAUCUUAUUUCAGAAUUACUCAUUGCAAGAAAUGUCCCAUUGGCUUUGGUGGAGUGGAAAGAAUUUAGGGACAUAUGUAGGAUGUGUCUAACAUCAGACAUGUGGACCGCUGUUACGACUACAGGGUAUAUAAGCUUAACUGUCCACUUUCUUGAUCAAAAUUGGGAAUUAAAGAAGUAUCUACUGAAUUUUUGUGAACUUCCACCACCUCAUACAGGUGAAAACCUUUCUGCCAAUCUAUUUGCAAUGAUAGAAGAUUGGAGUAGACUUGUUGCAAAGAAGAUCCUGUUUAACAAGGGAAAAUACUUUCAUGUGUGUUGCUGUGCUCACAUCUUAGCUCUUAUUGUAAAAGAUGGACUUGUGAAGAUUGAUCCAGUUGUGCUUAAGUUAAGAAAGUCAGUGAAGUCGCUUAAAAAGUCCCAAGUAAGAAAACAAAAAUUCUUGGACAUUGUUGAUACUUUAGGAAUGUCUGCAGUAAGAAGGGGUGUUCGUCAAGAUGUUAAGACAAGAUGGAAUUCAACUUAUCUUAUGUUAGACAGUUUUCUUGUGUAUAGAAGUGUUUUCGCUCACUUGAAGAAGGUGGAUUCAGACUAUAAAGACUGCCCAACUGACGAAGAAUGGGAUCAAAUUGAAGUGGUCACAAAGUUUCUCAAGACGUUUUAUGAUCUCACAACUUUAUUUUCUGGUAGUAAGUAUCCUACCUCCAAUCUAUAUUUUGAAGGAGUUUGUCAAGUUCAGGUGUUAUUAAAAAAAGAAAGCACAAAUGAAAUUGAAUUCAUUAGGGACAUGGUGAAAGAGAUGCAAGAAAAGUUUAACAGUUAUUGGGAGAACUUAAGUCCUAUAUUGUCCAUGGCACUUGUGUUAGAUCCUAGAUUGAAACUGAAGUAUCUAAACUUUGCUUAUUCCAAGUUGUAUCCUGAUGUAAGACAAUUAGAAAGUAAAGUUGCUGAUGUGCGUGAAGAUAUGAAAAAACUUUAUAAUGAGUAUUACACCUUGUCAAGAGCUUCUGGUAGUGGAACUCAGAAUUUUGGUAUUCAAACUGGUGCAAAUUCUGCCCAUCAAGAAAGUGAGUGGAUCCAGGAAUAUGCUGCAACACAGGAAAGUGGUGGUGAUCUGCAAUCUGACUUGUCAAAGUUGGAUCAAUAUCUUAGCGAGAAAUAUGGAUUUAUUAAUCAACCGCUCGAUAUCCUAAUGUAUUGGAAAGCCCAGGAACAAUGA